GGGAGCUACAGCACUUCCUGUUUAAUGGAGGUGCUGAUGAGCAGUCCAGCAGAGCUCGCCGACGGCCUGUAAGGUUGAUGGACCCCCCUGCGUCGGGUACUACAGAGACAGCAGCUGAAGGCACCAUGGUUCUGCGGGUAGAAGAGUCUGAUGGGCAGGCCCAUGCCGUACCAGUGGCCCCGGGUGCCAGGAGCCCAGGCAAGCAGGAGCCAGUGAAUUAUCUGGGCCACACCCCAGUAAAGUGCUGUAUGGUGGGCUCUACAGGGAAUACAGGGGCCCCACCUGGAGACUGCCGCAACAACCUGUCCCUCUCUGAUUCGCCAGUUUGUGUGAGGGAGGAGCCAAGCACGCAGGCCUCUCUUGGUUGCUCCGCACAGGCCAAACGCCUCAAUGACCCCCUUUCAUCCCCUGCUUUGCCCGCCUCUGUGCCCGAACCAAUGUCCCCAACGCUGCCCUGCCUACAUGAGAACGGACCUCCCACGGGCAGCCAGCUCACCCCCCUGGUGAAGGUACCCAAGAAGAGAGGGCGCAAAUCCAAGGCUGAGCUUCUGCUGAUUAGACAGGCGCAAGCACUGGACGCUGAGGCCCUUGCAAGGCAGUCUCUGGCAUUAAGGCAGGAAAGUGACAACCAGGACAUGGAGACCACCCCCAGCGGGCGCCCCCGAAGGCGUGCAGCAAAAACAGCCUUGAUGUACCUGCAUGAUCUGGCAGAUGAGCUCUCCUCGUCAGGCCUGUCUUCUCCCACCAAACCCUCGGCUGUGUCGGACGGGAGCUCAGAUGAACGGGGGAAGAGCAGGCGCCGAAAAAGGAAAGCCGAGGGGUCCGAAGAGGAUUCAGAUUAUGUGGUAUCGGAGGAUGUUCUUAAAGAAGCGGAGUUCGAGGAAGAGGAUAAUGAGAGUCUGAGUGGGGCCUAUGAGCCUGAGCUGUCUACUUUCCGAAGGAAAGCUUUCUCUACGCCUGGGGAGAGGAGUGGCCCCCAGAUACGAGGAUUCGCCGACAAUGGAUUCCACAAUUCCAUCAUGGUUCCUGUCUGGAAAGCCUCUCAUGUUACAGCAGAAUACAGGGACACGUGCUACUCAGACUGGGAGUUUCCUGACUGGAUCCCAAGCACAGAGAACUGGCACUUCCUUACUCACAGGGAAGCAGAACCGUACCUCCCAGCGCAGCGCCUCUCCCCACCCUUCACCAUCCGGAGGGAAGGAAUAAAGGAGGAGGCCAAGCCCUGCACCCUCGGCAGGUUCCAAUCUCUCCCGCCCCACCCUCAGCGCUGGGACAUGAAUUUCUUUGUGGGGGGUCCUGUGUGGUCGUUGGAAUGGUGUCCGACACUGGGUGGGUCUGGAUCCUGCCAAUACCUGGCGCUGUACUGCCACUGGGGUAUGGAUGAUCGGCACAAAGUGGACGGUGUACAUCCGGGGCCGGCCCUGCUGCAGCUCUGGAGCUUGGGGCCACUGGAUAUGGAAAACAGCUGCGACUCUGGGCCUGUGUUCUCUUAUGGCAUAGCUGUGGACCAUGGCUGCAUCUGGGAUAUGAAAUUCUGCCCCAGUGGAGGUUGGGAGUUGCCCUGUACCUCCCGGAAGAGUUUACAGAUGGCACGCUUGGGACUUCUGGCUGCUGCCUUCUCCAGUGGCCACAUAGAGAUUUACAGUCUCCCUCACCCAGAGUCCUUGUACUCGCACCGGAAGUCCCAGGUAAAAGCUCAGGAUCUGUGGGAGCACACGGUGUGCAAGGUAGACUGUGUGGUGCGGCUGCAGGUGGGCUCCAUCAAGGCCUGUACCCCAGGAGAGAGCGGGCAGUGCUUCACCUUGGCCUGGCACCCAGCCAAACCUCACCAGUACCUGGCCGCGGGAUUCUAUGAUGGCACCGUCUCCAUCUGGGACCUGAAGACCAAGUCGGUGCUGCAGAGAGUGCGCCAAGGCCGGGUCAUCAAGCAGUACCCUUUCCUCAGCUUCCUGUCACAUGAUCAUGCUGUGCGCAGCGUCGAGUGGUGCAAAGCCGACGGUAAUUUCCUGGUGACCAGCGGGAACGACCGGCGGCUGAAGUUCUGGGACCUGCGGCGCCUGCCUGAGCCAAUCAAUAACAUGAAGCGGUUCCAGAGCACGGAGCUCAGCUGGCUGCUGCCCUACUCCGGGGUGGCGGUGGCGCAGGACAAUUGCUACGCCUCGCACGGACUCUGUGGGAUCCACUACGUGGACUCGGGUUUCCUGGGGUACAAGCCCUACUUUGUGACGCCACGGAAAGGAACCGUUUGGAGUGUCUCAGGUUCUGAUUGGCUGAGCUCUAUUGCUGCUGGGGAUGUUACUGGCGAAGUGAUUGUCAUUGUGCUGCCCAACCUGAACGUGACGUCCGUCAACACCAAGCGGCCGGCCGACAGGAGAUUUCCUGUCUAUAAAGCAGAUUUCCUGCCCCAUGUGUCCCCAGAAUCCACACAGCCUGGCACAGAGCUGCCCGCCGGGCCCCUGGCAGAGAGCAGCGAAUGGGGGCAUCUCAAGCCAAAGUCAUUCCGUGCCGCUGCCGGCAGGUUUGGCCUUCUGUUCCAGGACAUGGAUAUGAGGGACUUUAAGCGCCUGCUGAGCCGGGAGCCAGUGAAGAGGAUGCACGCCAAUGAGAAUAAGGGGGAUCUGAACAUGGAGCGCGUGCAGAUAGAGGCGGUGCACAAGGUGCGUUUCAGCCCAAACCUGGACACACACGCCUGGGUGGCAUCUGGGGGCCACUCUGGGCUGGUGCGGAUCCACUGUAUCCAGGGCCUCAUGACUUCCGUGGGGCAGAAGCUGAUCCAGGAGAAGAGCUCCCAGUUCCGAGCAAUGUUCCAGAGUGAGCCAAUCAGGGAGUGCGAUUUCAACCCAGAGGUGCAGCACUGUGUGGUGCAGGUGUAGCGCCUGGCCCAGUUGGUACUGGGUAGUGACUAAGCUCCUACUGGGGCCCCCCUGGGAAUAGAGCCAAUCGGCUCCUACUGGGGCCCCCCUGGGAAUAGAGCCAAUCCGCUCCUACUGGAGCCCGCCUGGGAAUGGAGAACCAAUCGGCUCCUACUGCAGUGCCCUGCUGGGGCCGGCCUGGGAAUGGAGAACCAAUCAGCUCUUACUGCUGGGGCCGGCCUGGGAAUGGAGGGCCAAUAAGCUCUUAUUAUGAUGCUGUUGCGAGUCGGCUGUGGGCCAGUCACUGCGUUACGUGUAUGAGGCACACAGGGGGGCCCGAUGGGAUCUCUGGGUCUGAACAUUGUGCCCCCCGUGUGUAUAACUGGGGCCCAAGCCGAGUGUCUGGCUAUGGGGGGGCCUGUAGGCCGGUGCUACUGCUGGAGGAUUCUGGGAAUUUACAGUUAUUGGUGGAAAACAUCCUGUUAGCUCCUCCCUAUUUGUUGACCAACCAGGAGUAAUAGAGCCGGGAGCGGGGGCUGAACCAAUAGGGUGCAGGGAUCAUUACUUCUUUGUUCCCACACCUCCCAGGAAAGGGUUAAUUUGGUGAAUCAGUUUUACUGGUUGUACCGGUGAUUUUCCCCUAUUUAUGUUUCCAUUUUAACUGGUUUUUAGCCGAGAGACUGGUUUUACCCCCCCACCCGGUCCUGUUUGGGCAGCAGGCGAAUGUGCCCCGGCCAGUAGCCCCUGAUGCCUUUAUAAUGAUGGAAUGAGCCCCCCCAGUCGCUGGGGGCUGUACCUUUUGUUUCCUGCACUUAAUCAUGGGAGUGGCUAUUGCCAUUGCCCCACCCCCAAUUUGGCAUUGAAUCUCCCCAAAUUAUUGUGGGGGGGGGGGGCACUGCGCAAUGUCGGGGGUGUAUUGGCCUGUGGGGGCCCCAAAAAGUGUUUCUGAUUCCCCUCUCCUGCUAUUGGCUCACAUUGAGCUGGGGGGGUGGGGUUCUUUCUCUGUUUAUUAAAAUGUUUGUUUUUUUUACAUCAA